AUGCAGAAUGAAUUACCAUGUGCCAUGCCACGUGCCCUCCACCAUGCACACUUGUACAUGCCCCGUUCACCCUCCCCUCUCCUACCUCCGCGUUCCCUCUGCAGGUUCAACCAUCGCACGGCAAGCGAAUCAGUGCACUUCACACUCAACGACGAGGAGAGUGAUGGAGAGGAGAGCGAUGCUGAGGAGAGUGAGGAAGAGGGGAGUGAGGAAGAGGGUGAUGAAGAGGGUGAGGAGGUGGGGGGCGAGGAGAGGAGGAAAAAAGGGAGGGGUGAAGGGGAUGAGAAGAACGGGGUGAGAGGGAGAGGGAGGGAGAAGGAGAGAGAGGAGGGGUCAUCUGAUAAGGAAGGGGAAAGGGAGAAUUCAAGCGAGCAGCUAGAGAUGAUCAUGGUGCGGAGGGAGGGGCCUGGGGACGAGGUGUUUAACACAUACGGCCAGCUCAGCACGGCAGCUCUUCUGCUCCGGUACGGCUUCACCGAGCCUCUCAGCUUUGGUGGCGCCAAAGCUAAGGGCGGAACGGAGGAGCUGCCAGUCAGGCUCGGCAAGGGAGGACCUAACUAUGGAGAAGAAGAGGAGCAGUUGGAGUGUAUUUGCAAUCUACAGUACAACCCGUUUGAUCUGGUUAAUGUGGACCUGAAUGUGAUUAUAAACGGGCUCAGCCUCGACCAAUCACAGGCCAGCAGGAGAGGAGGGAGAGCGAAUUCAGGAGUGGGUUCUGCAGAUACAAGGCAAGAAUCCAGCCAAUCACAUCGCAGGGGUUCAGCAACUUCCCGGGCGGCAAAGAUUGCAGAUGACGAUACUACCUUCUCUUCCACUUGCUCCUCGCGGCGUUUGCGGUGGGCUGUGAAGCUGCUAGAGAGGGCUGGGUGCCCCCCGUUAGAGUCACAAGGGGAGAGAUAUUUUGAAAUAUCUGCUGACGGGCGGCCGCAGCUGGAGCUGCUGCUGCUUCUGCGAUUGGCGGGGCUGGAUGACGUGGCAGCUGCCACGGUGGACGCCAGCAUGGCAGAGAGGGAGGGUGACGCGGAUUGGGCUGGGAUGGGGGCUGCUGAGCUGGCAGGGAUGGUGGAGGAGUGGGUGGACGGGAUGGGGGAGUGGGAGGGGGUAGAUAUGCGGGCGGAGAGUGUGGGAGGGAAAGAGGAGGGGCAGAAUGGUGGUGAGAAAUUUAUUCAGGGGAGAAAGAGGAGGAGGCAGGGAGGGGAGAGGAGGUAUGAUGGUGAGGUGUCAGGGAAAGGAGAUGAAGGGGAGGGUGGGUUGGGUUCGGAUGAGGUGAGUGAGGGGAGGAAGGGGAGGAAGAGGAGAAGAGGGGGGAGGGAGAGAAGGGACAGAGGCGGUGCGAGGCAUGGUUCAAAAAUAGAGUGCAAGGAGGAGCAAGAGAGGGUGGGAGUGGAGAGGGAGGAAGAUAAUGGGGAUGAGGAUGAGGAGGAGGGUGGAGGGGAGGGUGGAGAGGAGGAGGGAGAAGGGGAUGGGGAGGAGACUGGAGAGGAGGGUGAGGAGGGAGAGGAGAGCAACGAGGAGGAGGUGGCAGCAACCCGUCAGCUGCUUGAGAUACCGACCGUGCGAGCCAUGCUCAGCACAGUGCUGCGCGCGCGUGAUAGCAUGUGCGGGGGACCACUGACCACUGCUGAUACCACAACGGGAGGAACACGGGCUGGAGUUACGAUGGAGCCUCAAGGCCGUGGGGGUAAAGGUGGGAAUGCAAGGAGCGAUGCACGUGGACAGUGGACAAUGAAGCCUCAGUGGACUGCAUGUGCAGCAGUAAAUGGCACGUGGACAGUGGUGGAUGAAUUGAGGGCUGCUCGGGUGAUGGAGAGGAAGGAGAGUGCGAUGGGGGGUUGGGCGUGGGAGAAGGAGGAGACGGAGAGGAAGGAGGGGAGGCAGAGUGAGGGCGGGGAGCAGCGGAGGGAGUGGUGGCGGUUGCUGCAAGUGAGGCGCGCGCCGCAUCCGCGAAAGAGCAGCAUUCAGACUGUCAGCAGAUCGCCCACGCAUGACGAUGCUAUGACCGGUACUGGCAUCACCACCACCACCACCACCACCACCACCACCACCACCACCACCACCACCACCCUGAGCGGUGGUGCUGCCCUCACUGCUUCCCCUGGUGGCAUCGCUGCCACUAAUAAGCGCUCGGCGUGGCGAGAUGAGCACUCGGCGUGGCGAGAUGAGCACUCGGCGUGGCGAGAUGAGCACUCGGCGUGGCGAGAUGAGCACUCGGCGUGGCGAGAUGAGCACUCGGCGUGGCGAGAUGAGCACUCGGCGUGGCGAGAUGAGCACUCGGCGUGGCGAGAUGAGCACUCGGCGUGGCGAGAUGAGCACUCAGCCGGCUGCUCGCGAAUCCUCCCCUCCUCUGGAGCACUCACCGCAACAGGGCUCGGCGCGCUCAACGCAGCAGGGCUCGGCGAGCUCGCAGCAGGGAUCGGCGCGCUCACAGCAGGGCUCGGCGCGCUCGCAGCAGGGCUCGGCGCGCUCACAGCAGCGGGGCUCGGCGCGCUCACAGCAGCGGGGCUCGGCGCGCUCACAGCAGCGGGGCUCGGCGCGCUCACAGCAUCCACUCGCUUUUCAUCCUCUCCCUGCGCCACAUGUGCUGCCGAUGUUCUAAUUUUCUGCGCCUCAUGUGCUGCCGCACUGCUCUUUUGCACCUCUGCUGCCAUUCCCUCCCUCCCUCGCACCCUCCCCUCUCCCCGCUCCGCCCUUUCUACCCGCUUAGCCCGCUCCGACCGAGCAGCCGCUUCGAGCGCGUGUCUCCUUAUCCCCUUCCCGUCAUCGUCCCUGCCAUCCUCCUGCCCCUUUGUCUUCUCCUCACACCUCGCCGCCGCCCCAUCGCACAGCACCAUUCCCUUGUGCACCAGCACGGGCGGCAACAGCGCGGGCGGCAACAGCGCGGGCGGCAACCGCGCGGGCGGCAACAGCGCGGGCGGCUCCAGCACGGGCGGCAACAGCGCGGGCGGCAACAGGACGGAAGGAACCGCAUCCGCGCUGGGCACCCCCGUAUCUGAGCCUUCUCUGCCCGCACGAAGUGUUGCUCCCGCUGCCGUGCUCCUCCGCGUUAUUCGCCCCAGCGCUGCACCCCCGGACACGCGCGCAGCAUCCUUCCGCCCACCCGCCGCGCCUCUCGCAGGCAGUUUCCCACCUGCACUUCUCGAAGCCUUCCUGCGAAUUACGGGGGUUGCGAAGCAAGUUACCCUAACUGCGACAGGCUUGCACAUGAUGACGUCGCCAUCGUCCUCAUCCUCGUCGCCAGCGUCGCACACUCGUCCUCUGCGAAAUAUGCCGACCGGCAUUGCGAGAACCACGUCAUCAUCAUUCUCGCCCCCAUCCUCCGCUUCUUCCCCAUCACUAUCAUCUACAUCCCCAAUUCCUUCCCCCAGCUCCCCCGUCUCCGCCUUCGCCGCCCUCACCAGCCCUACCGCCUUCCCUUCUGCGCAACUCGCGGUUCUCUCUCUUUCCGCGAGGGCGGAAUCGCCAGGGCUUAGACGGCUAUUGCCCCCAGUACUAUUAGCAGCAGCAGCGGGAUGUCUGGCGCAGCUAGUGCCGGAGUUUGCGCGCAGAACGUCGGCAGGUGGCGGAGUCGGCGUAGCAACUUCCGCGGCGGCGCAGAUUCUACGCGCUGCAUUGGCGGCCGCGCAAUGGCCUCCCCCGUUCCCCGGGAGCUGGUAUCGCCGGAUUCCCACGCUCAGCGAUCGCAAGUCGGACUGA